AUGAGUCACUCCAUGAGCAGUCCUCGAAAUAUCCAACUUGUAUUCGAGACGUAUCAAAAAGCAAGAUUAGUAUUCGUGCAAACUAUGGCGGAAUUGGCUACGCGAUCAACCAAUGUAAAAUGCCUUGAGAGUGCAGGAGUUUUAGAGUUGCUUCGUCCCCUAUUGUCUGAUGCAUGCAGUACAGUACGGCAAUGUGCUGUGGUGGCGGCGGCAAGACUUGCUGAACACGAUGAAGCUGUAGCCAGGCAGCUGCUUAGCGGAGGCAUGGUCACCUCAACGCUCGAGAAUCUUAACAAGUACAAUGUAUAUUAUAAGCGAUCAGCGUUGUAUUUAUUGCGAGCGGUGGCCAAACACAAUGAAGAACUGGCUUCAGCAAUAGUUCGUCUGGGCGCAUUAGAGCACAUUGUGUCAUGUCUCGAGGAUUUUGAUACUCAGGUAAAGGAGAACGCAGCGUGGGCUCUGGGCUAUAUUGGAAAGCACAGCGAGCACCUAGCCGGAUUAGUAGUCGAUGCGGGAACUCUGCCAUUGCUUGUGCUAGCUUUUCAGGAACCAGAAAUGAGCUUAAAACAGAUAGCGGCUGGUGCUCUCGUAGAUUUAGCUCAACACAAACCUGAGGCAGUUGUCGACGCUGGUGCCAUUCCACAUUUGGUACGUGGCUUAGAGAAUCAAGAUCCAAAAUUAAAGCGUAGUACAUUGUGUGCUCUGGGUGCCGUGGCCAGUGCGAGAGCUGAGCUAGCCGAGGCAACAGUGGCCGGUGGGGCUCUGCCCCCUGCCCUAUUACACACCGGACACGACUCGGCCCCAGUGCGAAGAGCUGCGGCUUGCCUACUUCGAGACAUAGUCAAACACUCUGUUGAUUUGGCCCAGCUCGUAGUCAACACUGGAGGCUGUGGACCGUUAGUUGAACUGAUGUUCGAAAACACAGGCGGAGCGCGUAUUCCUGCUUGUAUGGCCCUCGGUUAUAUAGCAGGGCAAUCUGAUCAAUUGGCUAUGGCGGUCAUUGAAUCAAAGGCAGUAGUGGUCUCAGUUGAAAUACUACAAAAAAGUGAUGCAGAUGAUGCAGAGUUGUGUGCAGCAGCUUGGACUUUGGGGCAUAUAUCAAAGCAUUCUCCACAACAUAGCCUUGCAGUUGCUGUAGCUAAUGCAUUUCCAAUUUUACUUCAGUUGUACACAAGUCCUAAGUCAUCUGCAGAAGUGAAAGCCCGGGCCUGUUGUGCAUUAAAGCAGGCCUUGCAGUGCUGUUUACACAGACCAGCCUUAGAACCCCUCUUACAUUCUGCACCAGCAUGCAUACUAAAAUAUGUUUUAGCACAAUAUGCUAAGAUACUUCCAAAUGAUGCCCGAGCCAGAAGGCUUUUUGUAACGACUGGUGCACUCAAAAGGAUUCAAGAAAUCGAUACGGUACCUGGAACUUCUUUAAAGGAGUAUAUAAAUAUUAUUAACAGUUGCUUCCCAGAAGAAAUAGUAAGAUUUUACACACCAGGAUAUUCAGAUUCAUUAUUAGACAGAGUGGAAGCCUUUACACCACAGAUUCCAGAGUUAUUCACAGACAGGGUACCGAGCGACUGCCAGAGCGAAUUGACAAUGGAAAACACAAAUUAA